ACACACACACACACACACACACACACACACACACACACACACACACACACACACACACACACACACACACACACACACACACACACACACACACACUUCUCACUCUUCUCCCACUGUCAGUGUCAGCGUGGAGAUGUGGAGAGUCCUUCUGUGCUUCUGUCUUCUUCUCAGACACAAUUCAUCUGAGGAAGUGAUGCUGCUGGACACGACGGAAUCUACCUCAGAACUGGGCUGGAUCACAUACCCGGACACGGGGUGGGACGAGGUCAGCGUCCUGGACGACCGGGGGAGGCUGAUCCGCACGUUCGAGGUGUGCAACGUCAACCAGAACUCCCGCGUCAGAGACAACUGGCUGGCCACGCCCUUCCUGUACCGCCACGCCGCCCCGCGGGUUUUCGUCACGCUACGCUUCUCGGUGCGGGACUGCGCCAGCCUGCGGAGCCCCUCCCCCACCUGCAGGGAGACGCUGACCUUGUUCUACAAGCAGGCCGACAGCCAGCGGGAACUGGAGAAGACCUGGGCGGCCGAGCCAUCCAGCGGCGAGAAGGUUACCAGGGAGGGCUGGGUGAAGAUCGACACCAUCGCCGCGGAUAAGAGCUUUUCCAAGGUGGAGCCCAGCUCGCCGCACCAGUACCAGGACAAGCGAUACAGCCGCGUCAACGUCAAGACACGCAGCUUCGCCCCGCUCACACGCAACGGAUUCGUCCUGGCGGUGGUGGACAGCGGCGCCUGCGUUUCCCUCAUUGGGGUGUCGGUCUUUUACCGCCGCUGUCCCGCCACCAACCUCCACUUGGCGUCCUACCCGGCCACGCCGUCAGGAGCGGAAGCCACAUCCCUGGUGGCGGUGAACGGGACGUGCGUGACCCACAGCCGGGCCGCGGCGGGCGGCAAGCCUCGCAUGCACUGCAACGCGGAGGGAGAGUGGAUGGUGGCGGUCGGCGGCUGCGUCUGCGACGCCGGCUACCAACCCAACGACAACGGAUCUGCUUGCUUGGCAUGCCCAGUGGGCUACUUCAAGACCGCUUCUGGUUCCGGGCCCUGCUCCGCGUGUCCUGCCAACAGCCGGACCAGCAGCGAGGGCUCCAGCGCGUGCGAGUGUCGCAGCAGCUUCUACCGCGCGGCCGGCGAUGCCAACUCCUCGGCUUGCACGAGUCCUCCCUCCGCCCCGGCGUCGCUGUCCUGGGAGUACGAGAGUCGCGACGGCGGGGUGUCUUUGAGGUGGCGCCCUCCGCUGGACAUGGGGGGCCGGGGCGAGGUGUGGUACGGGGUGGUGUGUCGCAUCUGCCCCUCCGCCGCCGUUACCAACCCGGCGUCCUGCUCCUGGUGCGGCGAGGGCGUCACCUUCAGCCCCACCCAGACCGGCCUCAAGCAGACCAGCGUGACCCUCAACAACCUGCUGACCAGGGUCACAUACCUCAUACAGGUCCAAGCCAUGAAUGAGGUGUCCUCCCUCAGCCCUUUCCCCGCCCGCUACACAAGCAUCAACUUUACCACCAGCCAAUCAGUUCCCAGCACGGUCCCCAUGAUGCACCAGCUGAGCCGUGCGUCGGACUCCAUCACCUUGUCCUGGCCUCAGCCCGACCGACCCAACGGGGACAUCUUGGAGUACCAACUGAGAUAUUUUGACAAGGGCUCGGAUGUGGACAGUGCGGUCAGCGUGUACAGCGAGACCAACACGUUGGCCGUCAGCUCGCUCAUCCCCGGAUCCAUCUACGCCUUCCAGAUACGGGCGAGGAAUGAGCGAGGCUACGGUCCGUACAGCAACACCAUAUACUUCACCACGCUGCCACUUGAGGAGCAUUCCCAGCAGGUCCAGAACCACCUACCUCUUCUGAUAGGAUCUGUGAUGGGCGGGGCGGCGUUUCUGCUGGUGGUAGCGGCCAUCGUGGUCGUGGUGGUGUUUCGCAGUAAAAGGAGGGAGAGUCCGUACAGCGACAGACUGCAGCGGUACAUCAGCAACAGAGGUGGAGUGAAAUACUAUGUAGACCCCUCCACGUACGAGGACCCGAGCGAGGCAGUCAAAGAAUUUGCCCGAGAGAUAGAUUCUACUCAUCUGAAGAUCGAGGAGGUGAUUGGUGCAGCCCAGUUUGGAGAAGUGUCCCGGGGACGCUAUCGUCCACCAGGCCGGAGGGAGAUCCUGGUUGCCGUCAAGACUUUACGCUGGGGGGCGUCCGACAGAGAGAAGGGCAUGUUCCUUAGUGAGGCCGGGGUCCUGGGACAGUUUGAGCACCCUAACGUGCUGAAGCUGGAGGGCGUGGUAACCCACGUACCUCCGGCGAGAAUCGUGACAGAGUUCAUGGAGAACGGUCCUUUGGAUUCCUUCCUCAGGGAGAACGAGGGUCAGUUCAGCGUCCUCCAGCUGGUCGGGAUGCUCCGAGGGGUCGGAGCCGGGAUGCGUUACCUCUCAGAGAGAAACUUUGUCCACAGGGACUUGGCGGCCAGGAACGUUCUGGUCAACUCCAACCUGGUGUGCAAGGUGUCCGACUUUGGUUUGUCCCGACUCAUGAGGGGCCUGGACCAAAACAUGCCAACGUACACAGCCUCGCUGGGAAGUAAGAUUCCUGUGAGGUGGACAGCACCUGAAGCCUUCCAACACCGCAAGUUCAGCUCAGCCAGCGACGUGUGGAGUUUCGGCAUCCUGAUGUGGGAAGUCAUGUCGUACGGAGAACGUCCAUACUGGGACAUGAGUAAUCAGGAAGUAAUGAAGGCAGUAGCGGACCAGUAUCGCCUCCCGGCGCCCGCUAGCUGCCCCUCAGCCGUCCACUCUCUCAUGCUGCAGUGCUGGCAGGCCGAGCGAGGGGACCGUCUGGUUUUCGAGUCCAUCCUGUCCUCUUUGGACCGACUCAUCAGGCAUCCCGUGUCACUGAAAGCCGACAUAACCCGGGGUUGCUCACAGCCACUGCUAAGCCCUGCCCCCACAGACUUCUCAUCAGUCGCGACCGUCAGUGAUUGGCUGAGAGCGCUGAAGAUGGAGCGGUACCAGGACGAGUUUGAGCGAGCACACCUGGACACGCUCGACCGAGUGAGCCGGCUCACCGUGGAGGACAUCCAGAACCUGGGCGUGAACCUGCUGGGCCACCAGAGGAAGAUCUUCAGCGCCGCCCAGCAGCUGAAAGCCCAUCUCAGCCAGGGACAGGUGGAGGUGUGACACCGCCCCCACCACCCCCACCCGCUCCCCCAACCACCACCACCACCACCACGGAGACAAUCUGCUGAUGUCAGCACAAAAAGACUUAUAGAAGACAAGAUGCACUAUGAAGAGGAGCACUUCUUCCACACUCUCCUCCUUCUCCAAUAUCCCCUUUUCCUCCUCCAUCCACAUUCUUUUUUUUUUUUUUUUUUUUUACUAAUGACACUGUUCAUUUUGUGUCAUAAAGUGAUGGGAGUACAAGCUCGAACGUGAUGAAGUCAUAAUAAUCAGCAUAUCAGGGCCUCGUUCUCACUUGUCGGGACAUUUUGUAUGAGCAGCACACCCACUUGUGUGUACACCAGACACACACACACACACACACACACACACACACACACACACACACACACACACACACACACACACACACACACACAUUCAUGUAUUUCUGACCUUCUUGAGACUUUGUUUACUUUGUGUUAGUGUGUGACACGACAAAACACUUAAAGUGUGUGGUUGUGCGUGCGUGUGUGUGUGUGUGUGUGUGUGUGUGUUUGUGUGUGUGUGUGUGUGUGUGUGUGUGUGCGCCGACAUCCCACUAAUGUGUGGAUGGUUUGUGUGUGUAAGUGUGUUCUGGCCAUUCUGACUUAAUGGGGACAUCGUUCUGUUUACACACUCACCUUUAGGGGACUUCUGACGGUAUGGGGACCCAAAAAAAAAAAAAAUGAUAGUCAGAUCCAUUCUGAAGAUGCCCAAGUAUUUUUUUAAGCUUUGGUCCAUGAAAUAAUGUUUACUGGUUAGUUUGAGUGUGAACUUUUUGUGUUUUUUAAAUGGUCCUGAGUAGUCACGUACAAAUGUGUGUGAAUUAUGCAAAAUCAUUUAAAUUUGGUCCCUAUGAACCAUAUGAACUCUUUCCCCAGGGUCCCCAGUAAGUGUGAUCAACACAUUACUUCAUCAAUCCAGAGAUAUAAAGACGUGUAUGAGCUAACUGGGCAGUGGCCAUUUGACCUCAUUUUUUUUAUGCCUCCGCAAUCUGUAGAAAGGGUGGUCCCCACUAGUCAUGAACAAACACUUGGUCCCCAUUCCAAAGGAUAACCAGUAUGUGUGUGUGUGUGUGUGUGUGUUUCCACCCUUCUUGAGACACCAACAAGGACAAGUAGCUUCCAUAUGAGGAGGUGUGAACAAAUUAGGGACAUAAAUCAUGGUCCCAAUACUGAAAACCAUUGAAUCUAAUAGAGAAUGUCUCAUUUGCAACCCUGGUGGUGGCAUCUAUCAAAAUGAGGGUGGUCCCAAAAAGGAGGGAUUUUUUUUAUUUUUUUUAAAAUUGAUUGUGUGUCGCUUUUAAAAGUGGUCAACAUAUGAAACAACAAGUGUGUGUAAGAAAUUUAAAUUUGUCCCCUUUGGCCAAAAUGAAUACAAAAAUAAAAUAAAUAUGUAAAUAGAGACAUACUGUAAUACCUUGAAGUAAAUAUGAAGAUUAAAACCAAUUACAACAGCAACAAAAAAAGAAGAAUUUUUUUUUUUUUACUAAAAGCAGUCUUUUUCUCACAAUGUGUCGACUUUUUUCCCAUAAAAUUUUGGACACUUUCUCAUUUUAUUUCUGUUUCUGUAAUAAUGCAAUAUUUUCUCGUAAAAUUAUUAUUUUUUUAUGUAACGUUAUGUUUUUUAUGCAAAAUGGUGACAUUUGUCAUAUAAAAUUCUGACGUUUAUCAGGAUAUUGCCAAUUCUUUUCAUUGUUCUUGUAAAACGGUGGUAUUUUUUCAGUACAAUGAUGACUUUUGUAAAAUUCCGAUCAUUAUUAUAAUAUUCCCAACAUAUUUACAUUCUCUUAUAAAAUUGUGACUUUUGUCGAUUAAAAUUACGACUCUUUUCAUAAAAUUUACACUAUUUUAAGCAAUUUCUUGUAAAAUUGCGACUGUUAUUGAGUAAAAUUCCAAGUUUUAUCAUAAAAUUGCACAAAUGUUUGUUUUUUCUUGUAAAAUUGUGAUUGUUAUCGAGUAAAAUUCCAACCUUUAUCAUUAUAUUGCACAAAUGUUCAGGUUUUCUUGUCAAAAUUUUCACUUGCGUUGGGUGAAAUUAUGGCUUUAAUUAUAAUACUGCCAAAAUUUUACAUUUUUCUUGUGAAAUUCAAACUCGUUUUUCACAACAAGCUUUUUUAUGUUUGCAUAGUAUGUAUAUAUUAUUAUUGUUGUAAAUACACAUCUUUAUAUAUCUAAAAAGGGUAGUUCUAAAGAGGGAGGCAUUUUUCAGAGGUCUCAAGAAGGUCAGAAAUACACGUGUGUGUGUGUGUGUGUGUGUGUGUGUGUGUGUGUGUGUGUGUGUGUGUGUGUGUGUGUGUGUGCGUGUGUGUGUGUGUGUGUGUUUGUGUGUGUGUGUGUCACACACAUUAGCUGUUUACACAUGUAAGUGACCACCACUAUUCCAUAAGUGUGCAUACAUUUGUAUAAUAAAUGAUUUUAUUUAA